UUACAAGGUAGUGCCUGGAUUAACUUCAAUUUUUUUGUUUCAUCGUUUUACAUUUUUUAUUAAUUUGCAGUUUUUAUGCCUGGAAGAUUGGUGUAAAAAGGUGGAGUGUUAAAUAGAUUGCAGAUUGAAGUGUUCCUAAUUUUGAAAGCAUACGAAUUGUGUUUUUUUGGGCGAAUAAUGUAUGAGAGCAAGAAGAAGAUGGUAACGACUGUUACAUGACAGUCAUGUUCCAUUCACUUCCUGAACACAACCUAAGGAAAAGCCAGAUAUUAGAUAGAAUUAAAAUGAAAAUACGUCCUCCAGACUAGCAAUAGUAGAGGAAUUUUCAUUAUAAAUAAAAAGUCUAGUCAAUAAAGGUCUCUGUGAUAUUACUCGUAACAUGGUUCUCGAGACGCUGUUCGUCACGACGGCGGCCAAAACCAUCGGCAUAGUCGGCUCCACCCUGUGGCUGAUCCCCCUCAUCCUCGCCGGUCUCACGUACGUCAAUUAUGACAGGCUGGACCCGGAGGCGCCAGUCAUCGACGCGCGCAUCCUAGACAAGGACUACGACUUCGUGGUGGUGGGAGGUGGAUCGGCUGGAGCAGUGGUGGCCUCAAGAUUGUCGGAGGUGCCAGAUUGGAAGGUGUUAUUGUUAGAAGCCGGCCCAGACGAGAACGAAAUCAGCGACGUGCCCUCGCUGGCCGCCUAUCUCCAGCUGUCCAAACUGGAUUGGACGUACAAAACGGAGUACACGGGCAGGGCAUGUAUGGGCAUGAAGAGCGGGCGAUGCAACUGGCCCAGAGGAAAGGUUUUGGGAGGGUCCAGUGUCCUCAACUACAUGCUCUAUGUCAGAGGCAACCGGCACGACUACGAUUUGUGGGAGCAGUUAGGUAACCCCGGCUGGAAUUAUGAUAACGUACUGAGAUACUUCAAGAAGUCGGAGGACAACAGGAAUCCCUACCUCACUCAAACGCCAUAUCACGAAAAAGGAGGUCUCCUCACAGUGCAAGAGUCCCCUUGGAGGACUCCUCUAGUCGUCGCUUUCCUAGAAGCUGGUCUCGAAAUGGGGUAUCCGAUAAGAGACAUCAAUGGAGCGGAGCAGGCAGGAUUCAUGAUAGCACAAGGAACGAUUAGGAGGGGAUCGAGAUGUUCAACGGGCAAGGCUUUUCUGAGACCAAUAAGAUUGAGGAAAAAUAUUCACAUCGCUCUCAAUUCUCACGUUACCAGGGUACUGAUAAAUCCAACUACGAUGAGAGCGUUUGGCGUGGAAUUUAUUAGAAAUGGUAAGAAGCAAGUGGUGCUAGCUCGCAAAGAAGUCAUCCUGGCAGCGGGAGCCAUCAACACCCCCCAAAUCCUGAUGGUGUCAGGUGUGGGACCUAAACGCGAGCUGCGCAAACACGGCAUCCCGGUACUGCGCGACCUUCCCGUGGGCGAGAACCUGCAGGACCACGUGGGCAUGGGCGGGCUGACUUUCCGCAUCGACAGGCCCGUGUCCAUCGUCCAGGACCGAUUUCAGGCCUUCCCGAUGACCAUGCAGUACAUCCUGAGGCAGACGGGGCCGAUGACCACUUUGGGAGGGGUCGAGGGAUUGGCUUUCGUCAACACUUAUCUCGGUAACAGAUCCUGGCCGGAUAUUCAGUUCCACAUGGCCCCGGCGAGCGUCAACUCGGACGCAGGCGCAAGAGUGCGCAAAGUCCUCGGCCUCACCGACGAGCUCUACGAUGCCGUGUACAAACCCAUAGCCAACCAGGACGUGUACACGCUAAUGCCGCUGCUGCUACGUCCCCGGUCCAGGGGCUGGGUGCGGCUGAGGGACAAGAACCCCCUAUCGCCGCCUCUCAUACACGCCAACUACUUCGACGAUCCUAUCGAUAUUAAAACGUUGGUGGAAGGUGCCAAGAUAGCCAUCAAUAUCAGCAAAGCCCGUGCCUUCGAAAAAUUCGGCAGUCGGUUGCACAGCAUCCCGUUUCCGAAUUGCGCAGAACACGAGUUCCGCAGCGACGCCUACUGGGAGUGCCACAUCAGAACCAUCUCGAUGACCAUCUACCAUCCGGUGGGUACAUGCAAGAUGGGACCGGAGUGGGACCAGGGCGCGGUGGUCGACCCUUGGCUAAGAGUGUACGGGGUGAAAGGAUUGAGGAUUAUCGACGCCUCGAUCAUGCCGACGAUUCCUAGCGGCAACACCAACGCACCCACCAUCAUGGUAGGAGAGAAAGGUGCGGAUAUGGUGAAGGAGGACUGGAUGACGAAUAGACAAAGUGUAAAUAGUGAGAGACAGUUUUGAAGUGGAUACAAGUGUGAAAAUAAAUAGUUUUUAUAUUUUAGUUGAUUCUCCUUACGAAUUUCACUUUAUUCUCCUGAAUUCUCAAGAAUUCUUGAUUGUGUUCAUGCACCGUUGUUCUCACGAAAUCUCGUAAAUACUCAUAAAUGCUC